AUGGGAUCAUGGGCCUACCAGAGGACUUCUGUCUGCAAGCAGCGCGUGUGCGCUGAACGUAUUGCCGUUUUCUUCGCCCGUUCGGCAACUGCGUGGCAAGUCGGAUGCGUGUUGCGACAAUAUAGAGACGAAUGCUACACCAAGAUUGAGCAGCGUAUGGCUCCGGCGAAGCUGGUCAAAGUCGCCACUCAAGGGUCUUGCCUUCGGUCGUCCGCGGAGAUCGGGGUUUCCGUCGGGAGGGCCAGCCAAGCCAUUGGAGGUCAGCAUACGCAAGCAAACAAGACGAGAGAGGUUCAAAUUGACCUGCACUUACUCACAAAGCAUAACGAUAUUGUCGACGCCGCUCCAGAGGUUGGCGAAGCCCACUCGCGGUCCAACCUGCUCGACAAGUUGCUUCCGUCCAUGGCCUUCCUUUUCCAGAACCGUCAUGGUCAAAAUUCGAAGCGAGGGCGUUCGCCGCCCGAGCCCCCCAAAACGCCCAACCCGUCCGCAGAGGACGUACCACACCUCAUAACCAAGUCCCCAGCUACCAACAGGGUCGUCAAACGUGGCCGUGAACAUGACACGCCGCGCAUCACCGUUCCGACACGGUCCCCUAGCCCACCGGCCCCGCAGCCUCGGACACCGAGACUUCAAGCGACAACCUUCCAGCUACCCCCAGCGCACAUAGCCCUCUCCGGAGCGUUGCCCCCAGUGGCUGCCCCGUCGAGAACACCCAUGCCCACCAGCGAGACGAUUGACGACGCCGAAAAGCUGCGUCGUCUCCUCGCCAAGGCGGCUUCCCUGGCGAAGACCGUCCCGCCGUCCUUCAACACGGCCACAUAUGUCAACCAACUCGCCAAAUGGAGUGGGAUCCCCCUGGAGGUCCCGACCAUAGCACCAACGCCCGUCUCCGUCACGCACCCGCCCGUGGCGCCACCCACGCACACGCCGCCUGCUCCGGUCGCCCCGGACUCCCAUGCUCCCGAGGAGCCCUCACGAUCGUAUGCAGCCACUGUACAGUCGCGAAUGACGCGACCACCCCCGCCACCUCAUCCGGUACGCCCCGAGAAACCUCGUGUUCACCCGAACGCCCCGCCCGCACGCACACUGGACACCCCUCGGCGCCGUCCCACCCGCCGCCUUCUUCUGAUCCCUGACCAGCCACUACACCAUCCCGAUGUCACGAAGCGCCCCCACCCCCAGACCAUCCUCGAUGCCAUCAACAAACCGGCCAUUGUUGCUGCUGGUGAUGCUCUCACUGCAGCCAGCUAUACUCGGGGAGGUACACUCGCACUUCACACCCAGUCCCCCGCAUCGGCGUCACGAAUCCUCGCGAGGUACUCGAUGAACAUCAUGCGGUCCCUCAGCAAGCUUUUCCACUUCGACCCCACAAAGUCGGAACUGCUGCUGGACACCAAAUGGGAGAAGGUAGUCAUUCAACAAGUGCCCCUUCCGCCGCAGAGCUACUGGCCGACGUACACCGAGGGUGACCCGAACGGGGAAUUCUCUCGGGCCGUCUCGGGAUGGUUGGAGGACAUCACGAAGAAGGUAAACAAGGCGGGUUCCCGACAGGGACUGAGGCAGCUCAUGCCUCUAGUCCGGGACCGCACCAACGGUGUGCUGCACGCGGCAGCAGACACGGCUCAGCAUGGUUGUCUUAGGACCAUCUCGUUCGUGGCUGCUUUCUCGGAGGAGGGCACAGCCAACUCUCUCCUUCGAAAUGGCAUAUGUCUCCGUAGCCAGCCCGUCACACCACCAAGUCACCCCCUAUGUUACCUGCUACUCCACCAUUCAGCUCAACCACAGUAUCGCGACGGACGUCGGCACGGGCAGCAGUCCCCAGGCCUUGUUUACGUUACCCUUCUACUCUUAGUGGCGUGUUAUGUAUGGGUUCUCCCCGCGCUCAAGCCGCUGCAUGGUCUAUCCUCACUUCGUCUCGUCUGUAAAGCGCCGCACGUUUUCUUGCGGGCGAAAGGGCACCUCAAGCGCACGUCAACUAUUCGCAGCAUGGUCACCGAGGAUUCUCAAGCUCCCUUCAACGACUCCGCUCCUAUAUACGAGUUAUCCCUCUUCUACAACGGUAUGCCCCAUCCCCACAUCGGACACGUAAACUUCCCCGCCAACCCCCUCAUGCAAUCUUCGACCUUCUUUGACACCCUAUCAUGA